AUGGAUCCAGAUGGGUUUGAUGAUGCCCUAGGCUUGUCCAAUGACAAGUCUCAGAAUCUGGGAGCCUACAUCUACCAACCCCAAAAACACGGGAAAGCAGGCGAACGACCCUCAAAGCGCCGCAAGGUCUCAGCGUCCGGUAAUGAAAAGGGGCACACAGAUGGACAGCGCUUUGUGCCUCUUCUGAGCGGAGAUGAGAAUGCCCAAUCCGUCCAAUUGCGACACGAUUCCUAUCAACAGCUGUGGUCAGAGCAGGAACACAAGAUCCAGGCUAUUCUCGAAGAUGUUGAUGCUGGUGUUUUGACCGAGGUCUCGUCCUUUGUCAGAGAUACCUCACCUCAAACAUGCAAUGGCUGUAUCCCAACAGCUUUGGUGACGGUCGGCUCCAAUGUGUCCUCGCUUAGCAGACUGUUAUCACGACUCAAUGACCAAUUGAUAUCGACUGAAGAAGGCAGUGUGGUGGUGUUGGAAUCGGGCGAUGCUCCCAAUUUGAAAACAGCCCUGAAGAAUAUCAUCCGAGCCACUGUCACGAAUACAGAUGGGAAUGAUGGAUAUCAGAAGUUCCUCACAGAUCGUGCUGGACCUCGACUUCUUGGUUACGAUCUGGACCUUCUUCACGACUAUGUGCAGAGAAAGGGAACUAAAAAAAUGGUACUAGCUCUGCGUGACAGCGAAGCUUUCGAUACAGGUCUAUUAACCGAUCUCUUGUCUCUAUUUAAAUCAUGGAUUGAUCGCAUACCAUUCACAGUUCUGCUGGGUAUCUCUACGUCCGUAGAGCUCUUCGAAGGUCGAUUGCCUCGCUCGUGUGUUGCUCUUCUCCAAGGGAAACAUUUUGAGGUUCAGGAGGCUGGCAACUGCGUCGACCGCAUCUAUGAAUCUCUUCAGACUGACUCAAACACUAAACUCUGGCUGGGACGCAACAUCACUAGUACACUGUUUGAAAAUACCAGUGACUAUUUCCAAAGUCCAGAGGCAUUUAGUCGCAUGGUCAAGUACGCAUACAUGUCUCACUUCUUCGCGAACCCCCUGGCAGUGCUAUUUGCCAAUCCAGAUCCAACUGUUCUUUCUAGAGGGAAGCUCUGUGAAGUCGUCAGGAACCUGCCAUCAUUCCGAAUGUUCUGCGAGGACCUGGUUGAAGAGGGGUCCACCAAGCAAGUCCGAGACAUGCUAGAAAACGACGAGUAUCUCCUCCAAGAAACGAUCAGUUGCCUUGAUGCCGGGCAACAAAGAAUGCGGAGCAUCUUCCAGGCAGUCCUUGCUGUACAUGCCUGUCUUCAAUACACACAGAACACGAAAAAGGCUACAGUCUCUGAUCUGUCCGUUCGCGCUCUCUCUGGCGAGUUGUCUGAUUCCACUCUCGUGGAUGAGAUGAUGGCUACGACGAAGGCAUUGGACUCCAAUAAGCUGGAUGAGCUUCUUGGACGCCUCCAGGAUAUUCUGCCGAACGGGCAACUUGGGGCGAUCCAAGUAGACCUCAAGACCUUGUUGGAAACAUGUCCAGAAUCUGGGCCAUUGCGCAGUGGAUAUAACAUCAACUCUACCGUCACAACUACCACAGUUGUCCAUUCACGGGUCCAGCUCAGCAAAGGCAAGGCUGAGUUGUCCGAACAAGACUUUGAGUACACUAAGAUCAUCGACCAACUGGUUGUCUUCUUGCAGGAGUAUCUCACGGAGACUCUCAUCAAACCACAAGACAUGUUCCUUCAUGAGGCUUUCUUGUUUGAUCUACGGAACCCCUUGAAAGAGACAUUUGCACCUCGUCCGCGUUUUGCAAUUGAGCGUGCCUUGGCUACUCCAUUUGACUAUUUACUUUCUUCCUCGGAUGCUACUACGACGAAAAUCUCAUCCAAGCAACCUGCUACGGCGAUUCUGUACCAGCUGUACCUUGAGUCUGGUGCUUUGGUGAACGUUCACGAUCUUUGGCAGGCUUUCAAUGGUGUUUUCGAAAAUGAAAAGGGUUACGGCUGCGAUGACCGUGUCGUGAUGUCUUUGUUCUAUAGCGCUCUUUCGGAACUGAAGACGUUUGGUGUGAUCAAGAACAGCCGCAAGAAGACUGAUCAUCUGGCCAAAUCAGCAUGGAUGGGACUGUAG